AUGGAAAACAAGAAGAUUGAGGAUGUGCAACAUGUUUCCGCAGAACCACAAGGUCUUGGGACGAAGCUAGCUCGUCUCAAGCGAGCUAUAGAUGUCCAGCCGCAACCGGCAGCAUCUAAGGUAUCAUAUCUCGCGCUGUAUCGAUAUGCAGACAAACGCGACAUUAUCAUCAUCGCCACCAGCACACUCUGCGCUGUUGCGGCAGGCGCCGCACUGCCCUUGUUAAGUGUCCUUUUUGGAAAUUUAGCAGCUGCUUUUCAGGGGAUAGCAACCGAUACAAUCUCCUAUGGAGAGUUUAUGUCACAACUGAACCAUAACGUUCUCUACUAUGUAUACAUUGGUAUCGCUGAGUUCGGGGCCGUCUUCAUAUCGACGGCUGGAUUCACCCAUGCGGGUGAACGAAUCACCCGGCGCAUCCGCGAGGAGUAUUUGGCAGCAAUACUGCGCCAGAACAUGGCCUACUUUGACAAUCUCGGAGCUGGCGAGGUCACGACACGCAUAUCGGCCGACGCCAACCUCGUGCAGGACGGCAUGUCCCAGAAGGUCGGCCUCACUCUCACUGCCGUCGCCGCGUUUGUCAGCUCGGUCAUUAUAGCCUACAUCAAAUAUUGGAAGCUCGCACUCAUCGCUACGCCCUCAAUAUUCUGCCUCGUGGGUGUUAUGGUCUUUGGUUUCAAAGCUGUCGUAAACCUCACUGCCAAGGCGAUGCAGAGAUCCGGUGAUGGGAACAGUGUGGCUGGCGAGGCCUUCAGUUCUAUCCGGACAAUUGCGGCGUUUGGAAGUCACGACAGGCAUGCAGCACAAUAUGACUCGCAUCUGAAAGCAGGUGAGAAACAUGGAAUUCGGAUGCAACUCGUCCAGGGUUUGAUGAUCGCGUCCCUUGGCGCCAUCCUUUUCAUGACCCAAGGUCUUUGCUUAUGGCAGGGGGCGCGUUUCCUCGUUGAGGGUCGGGUCCACGUGGGCCAAGUCUUGACCAUCAUGAUGGCCAUCAUAAAUGGCUCUUUCUCUCUCGGAGGAAUCGCCCCCAAUAUUCAAGCCUUCACCAAUGCCAUGGCAGCCGCUGGCAAGAUCUACAGCACCAUCGAUCGAGAAUCACCCAUCGAUCCAACAUCGAGGGUGGGAAUUGUGCCAGUGAAAAUCGAGGGCCACAUCGAGUUGCGUAAUGUGACGCAUCUGUACCCUUCACGGCCGGAAGUCAUUGUAGCGGAUGAUUUGAAUAUUUUGAUUCCGGCUGGCAAGACUACUGCCCUUGUAGGUCCUUCAGGGUCCGGAAAGAGUACCGUCAUCAGCUUGUUGGAACGUUUCUAUGAUCCGGUCCAGGGGACAAUACUUCUCGAUGGUCACGAUAUCCAGUCGCUAGAACUGCGAUGGCUUCGUCAACAAAUGUCGCUCGUCAGCCAGGACCCGGCGAUUUUCUCAACGACAGUCUUGGAAAAUAUCAAAAUGGGCCUUCCGCGAAACCCUUACGAAGGGCCAGCCGAUGAGGUUUUGGUACGAAAACUCGUUGAGGACGCGGCCAGGAUGGCUAACGCCCAUGACUUUAUCCUUUCCCUCCCAGAAGGUUACGACACAUCUGUCGGUGAACAAGGACUCCUUCUUUCGGGCGGCCAGAAGCAACGCAUUGCCAUCGCGCGAGCGGUUGUCGGCAACCCCAAGAUACUCCUCCUCGACGAGGCGACGUCGGCACUCGACGCGAAAUCCGAGCGGGUCGUCCAAGCCGCUCUUGAUAAAGCCUCCGCCGGACGCACGACAGUUGUGAUUGCUCAUCGUCUAUCAACUAUCAAGUCUGCAGAUAAAAUCGCAGUCUUGGCUUGUGGCCGGAUCGUGGAACAGGGCACUCAUGACGAACUGACAGACGCCAAUGGCUUAUACUCCAGACUUGUGCAGGCGCAGAGCUUUUCCAAGGAGGAACGGAGCCUUGAAGAAUUGAGAUCCAGCGAGAAUUCGGAGACAGAGAAUGAAGGGGCAAGCCGUGCAGGACAAGGGUGGGCAGUGCAAGAUUUGUCGGCCUCGACGGAAGCCAUCGAUGAAAAGCCGAAAGCUGCGCGUGAUUCGAUGUCCAAAAUGAUGGAAACAUCUGUCCAGGUGACCUUGCUGAGCUUGAUCAAGUUCAUUGGAUCCUUCAACCGGCCCGAAAGGAAGCUCAUGGUGGUCGGACUGAUUUUCGUCGUCUUGUCUGGCGGCGUCACACCAGCACAGAGCGUAGUCUACUCUAAGGCUAUUGCCUCUUUAUCCCUUCCACCAGAUCUAUCCGAGCAGAUCAGGAAGCAAGCCAAUCUCUGGGCACUCCUGCUCUUCACCCUUGGCAUCACGUCUCUGCUCACCAAUUCGAUCCAUCUUGUCAUCUUUGGGUUCAGCGUCGAAAAGAUGAUUCGUCGCACACGCGCCAAAGCCUUUCGCACUAUUCUACGACAGGAUGUUGAGUUCUUCGACCGGUACGACAACUCCACUGGUGCUCUGCUCUCCUUUCUAUCCACAGAGACCAAGAAUCUGGCUGGUAUAAGCGGCGUAACGCUCAGCACCAUUCUGAUAUUGGUGGUGUGGCUCACGGCGGCGUCGGUCAUUGCGCUGGCUCUCGGAUGGAAGCUGUCGCUGGUAUGCAUCGCCGUCGUGCCACUCGUCAUGGGCUGUGGCUUCUGGCGCGUUGCCAUGCUGGCCGACUUCCAGGCCCGCGCGCAAAAGGCGUAUGAGGCGUCGACCAGCUACGCGUGCGAAGCCAUCAUGGCUGUCCGUACCAUCGCCUCCUUAGGUAAGGAGGAUGUUGUACUAGCCGCUUACCACCGCCAGCUGUUACACCAGAUGCGCGCUGCCGUCAAGCCCUCGCUCAAGUCGACCCUCUUCUACGCAUUAUCACAGGGUAUCUACUACCUGUGCACUGCCCUGGCCUUCUGGUACGGCGGCACCUUGCUGGGCAAGCAUGAGUACAGCAUCUUCCAGUUCUUUGUCUGCUUUACACAGAUUGUUUUCAGUGUGAACUCUGCAUCGAGCAUCUUUGCCAACUCGCCGGAUAUGGCCAAGGCCAAAAAUGCGGCGGCCGAGUUCAAGAAGCUCUUGCAUCGCAAGACCGCCGCAGACGGAGGAGUACGCGGUGGUGGAGCGGCAAAGUUGGAGACGGUAGAGGGCUGCAUCGAGUUUCGCCACGUCUGCUUCCGAUACCCAACACGGCCCACGCGGGAUGUCGUGUCAGAUCUAAGUUUUACUGUGAGACCUGGACAGUACGCGGCGCUGGUGGGUGCAAGCGGCUGCGGCAAGAGUACCACGAUAGCGCUGCUGGAGCGCUUCUACGAUGUGCUCUCUGGCUGCAUCUAUGUAGACGGCAAGGAUGUGUCCUCGCUCGAUAUCCAUUCGUAUCGGCGCCAUAUUGCACUGGUUAGCCAAGAACCCACACUUUAUCAGGGCACAAUCCGUGAAAAUAUCCUAAUGGGGACCAACGACCCGAACAUCAGCGAGGAGGCCAUUGUCAAGGUUUGUAAAGACGCAGACAUAUAUGACCUGGUACUUUCACUUCCAAAUGGUCUAAAUACUCUGGUCGGUCCGAAGGGGACUAUGGUAUCCGGAGGGCAAAAGCAGCGAAUCGCUAUCGCUCGUGCGCUGAUCAGAAAUCCAAAAAUAUUGCUGUUGGACGAAGCAACCUCAGCCCUGGACUCGGAAUCUGAAAGGGUUGUGCAAUCAGCUUUAGAUGCUGCCGCUCGUGGACGAACUACUAUCGCAGUGGCCCACCGUCUUAGCACGAUUCAGAAAGCAGAUGUCAUCUUCGUCAUCGAUCAGGGUCAUAUCAUAGAGAGCGGCACGCACCACGAGCUGAUGCGUAACAAAGGUCGCUAUUUCGAGCUCGUGGAGCAGCAGGCUCUUGAGAGCCACAGUCAACGCCCUGUUUGA